AUGUCGGUUCAUUGGUUUGCACCAUUUUCAUGGGAUCACAGUAUAAUGGCAAUAGCACCAGUUAUAUUUUAUGUUGAAAUAAUAACAAGUGGUAAAAUGUUAACAAGGUCUACUGGAAGAAAUUCUCAAGCAAUCACUAGUCUUAUUCUCUUUUUAAUAACAAUAUAUGCUUUAUUAUAUGGAGUACGAUAUACAUACAUACUUUAUUUUUCAUCACUUGGAUUCUUGUCAUGGCUUAUAUUACUUCAUAUUAGAGAAUCAUUGUGGAAUGGUACAACUAUGAUUGCAUCUCGUCCUAUACCUAAUUUAAAUUCUAUUAUUAUUUAUAUAGAGUGUCUGGGACAAGAUCCUAAACCUCCGUCCAUUUAG